AUGAAGAUAUACGUGAGGGAGUCGACCAUGGUGCGGCCUGUGCUGCCUACGCCCCAGCGCGCCCUCUGGAACUCCAACGUUGACCUGGUGGUGCCCCGCUUCCACACCCCCAGCGUCUACUUCUACAGACCCGACGGCUCGGAGAACUUCUUCCACGCCGGUGUGCUCAAGGAGGCCCUUGCCAAAGCGCUUGUUCCUUUCUACCCCAUGGCUGGUCGCCUGCGGAGGGACGAGGAUGGCCGCAUCGAGAUCAACUGCAACGGCGAGGGGGUGCUCUUCGUCGAGGCAGAAACCGACUCCACGGUGGACGACUUCGGCGACUUCGCGCCCACCAUGGAGCUGAAACGGCUCAUCCCCGCCGUUGAUUACUCGAAGGACAUCUCCACCUUCCCCCUCCUUGUCCUCCAGGUGACCUACUUCAAGUGCGGCGGCGUUUCUCUCGGCGUGGGGAUGCAACACCAUGUGGCGGACGGCUUCUCCGGCCUCCAUUUCAUCAACUCCUGGUCCGACGUCGCUCGCGGGAUCGACAUCUCCUCGUUGCCCUUCAUUGACCGCACGAUUCUCCGCGCCCGUGACCCCCCCGCGCUGCGCUUCCACCACGUUGAGUACCAGCCCCCUCCCUCCAUGAACGCGACGGCGCCGCCGGUGCCCGAGAAUCCUUCCGAGGCUCCCGCUACGCCGCCGCCGGCUUCCGUCGCCAUGUUCAAAUUCACUCCAGAGGAUGUGAAUGCACUCAAGGCCAAGGCUCGGGAGGAGGGAGACGGGAAGAUGUACAGCUCGUACGCGCUCCUAGCAGGGCACGUAUGGCGGAGCGUCUGCAAGGCGAGGGGCCUGGAGGACGACCAGCAGACGAAGUUGUACAUAGCCACCGACGGGCGAGCCCGCCUGAGGCCCAGCCUUCCGGCGGGAUACUUCGGGAACGUCAUCUUCACGGCGACGCCGAUGGCGGCCGCGGGAGAGAUCCUGCAGGGUCCGGUGACUUGCGCUGCGGGGAGGAUACAGGAGGCCCUGGCGCGGAUGGACGACGACUAUCUCCGGUCGGCGCUGGACUACCUGGAGCUCCAGCCGGAUCUGUCAAAGCUGGUGCGGGGAGCCCAUACAUUCCGGUGCCCUAACUUGGGGAUCACUAGCUGGGUGCGCCUUCCGAUACACGACGCGGACUUUGGCUGGGGCAGGCCGGUGUUCAUGGGCCCCGGCGGCAUCUCCUACGAGGGGCUGGCCUUCAUGAUUCCCAGCGCCACCGGAGACGGCAGCUUCUCUCUCGCCAUCUCCCUCCAGGAGGACCACAUGACCAAGUUCCGGAAGGUCGUCCGCGACUUCUAA